AUGCACGUUCAGGAUUUCUCGAUGUCCACUGCGCAGCCGUCACUGCCGCCACCAAACUUUCCACCGCCGUUGGUCUUCGAUGCGGAUAUCCUCAAUCUGUCCUACCAAAGAUCGGACGUUGUUGAGAAAGCACUCAUACUACCUAGACGUCCUAGCACCGACCUGCUCAGCUUCGACCGGAGCAACAACGCCUAUAUGCUAUAUGGCAUACGACAGAGGCAAGAAAUGGUGAUUUCCACAAUGCUACCCCCAAAGCGGUAUCCGUCCGUCAUUCGAAAACUGCGCUUCACUUUCCUCACUGUCUAUCGUCGGGUGUUCACGUUGGUCGUCUUUCUCAAUCUGAUACCCCUUGUCAUCAUCCUUCAGCAAGAUCCUGUCACUCUGGAUACACUAGCAACAGCCGCAUCGACCAACUUCUUAAUCGCCAUUCUUAUCCGGCACGAUCUCAUCAUCAAUGGGAUAUUCCGAACAGCAUGGCUCGUUCCCUGGCGGGUACCUCUGCCAAUAAGGAGGUGGAUGGCGAAGUGUUACUGUUAUGGAGGAAUUCACAGUGGAGCUGCUGUGGUAGGGACAGCGUGGUGGGUUGCUUUCAGUGUGAUUCUGACCAUGCAGAUGGACAAAAGAGGAUUUUCCCUACCACUCCUAAUAAACAGCUGGACAGUCCUCGCCAUCUUGACAGCAGUCAUUCUCCUAGCGCUGCCAGGCUUCCGCAAAAGGCACCACAACGUCUUCGAACUCACCCACCGUUUCCUAGGCUGGACAUGCAUCCUCCUCUUCUGGGCACAGCUCCUGCUCGUCGUCGACCACACCACCUCACCGACCCACUUCCUCUCGACACUGUUCCAAACGCCGACAUUCUGGAACCUCACCUGCAUGACUGCCUUGACUCUGCAUCCCUGGCUCCGUCUCCGCACCUGGGUCUUCCAUCCUACCGUCCUCUCCCCCCACGCCAUACGUCUGCAUUUCACCAACCGCGUCCACAAGUUCUCCUGCCUCUCCAUAUCAACGUCCCCCCUGCGCGAAUGGCACCCCUUCGCCACCUUCCCCACGACCUCGGCCAAAACCCCAACCGCAGACCCCCAACCCUCCAUGUCCAUCAUCAUCUCCGACGCAGGCGACUGGACCCACCGCCUCAUCCGCCACGCCCACACCCUCGAAACACAGCGUAACCACGCACCCGAGGGCGCGCCGCAAACGCACAUGCGUCUCUGGGUCAAACAGACACCCAUCCCAGGCGUCCUCUCCCUCACCACCCUCUUCCCCCGCGUCCUCCUCAUAACCACCGGCUCGGGAAUCGGACCCUGCCUCUCCUCGCUGCUCGAUCGGCCCCCGGCGCAAUUCGUCCGGCUCAUCUGGAGCACGCGCUCGCCGCUGGGUACGUACGGCGCUGCGCUGCUGUCAGACGUAUACGCCGCGGAUCCGGAUGCGCUCAUCGUAGAUACGGAUGCGGAGGGGCGCCCUGAUCUCGUGCGCAUGGGGUAUGCUUUAUUCCGGGCGGUACGUGCCGAGGCGGUGUUUGUGCUGAGUAACGAGAAGGUGACGAGGGAGGUGGUGUAUGGGUUGCGGUGUAGGGGGGUGUCUGCUUUUGGGCCGAUUUUUGAUUCUUGA